UACAAUGUUAGUUGGUAAGCAAGUAUCGACGACUGAUGAUCUAUUCAUUCAAAUAUUAGAGCUACACGCAUUCAUAUUCCUAGAUAUGUGAAUUGGUAUAGACAUUUGAAUGCUUUGCACAAAGAUUCAAUGCUCUAAUCUAUCGGCAUAUGUCAUAGAUAAAUUACCUUAGUUAGCAUGUUUAUUGACUGAAAUUGCAGUGAAGAGUGGGUUCACAGAAUGUGCGUCAUAAAAGUACCAAGAACCAUGAACAAUUAUAUCUGAAACUGAUACCGGUCAAAUUUCAUACACUUACAGGUGUAUGUAUACGGCUAUAAAGUAUAUUUACUUCAUGCAUGUUUUUGUGCUUAAUGAGCACACCUAUCUAACUUGAAUUAUGGCACACAGCGUACUAAUUAUAGUAACAUAUUAUUCUGAUGUGUUCCCACUGCCUGAUAAUGACCAGCCGUUAUUUUUGUGGUCUCUUUUUUCUCAGUACUAGUUAGCCUUGAGGCUUAGGAGCCUCUGUGGUAUAACGGUUUUAUUAAAUGAUUUUGCAGAAGAUAGUCAGUGCAAUUGCUGUGGCGGUAUAAACCAGCCAGGCAGUCAGCCAGUUAGUCCAUUCCCAAUACCGUUCUUGGACAAUAAAUACCACAAACUAGUGAAGUAGUCAUUUAGUUCAAAGAUCAGCAUAAAUUAUCACCUACUGUUGGUUUUAUUUAUAUCAUUUAUUCGUAUUCCGUGCUCUCAUCCUAUUAUUUGUUCAACUAGAAGGUCUAGUUUUCUAACGCAUUAUAGCUUGAAAAAAUGAUGUGGCUACUAUUUGGAACUCUUGCUGUGAUGAUAUAUUCCUUGGGAAUAUCGGGGCAGGAUAUUCAGUUUCCAACGGAAGAUGAAGAUGACAGACUCAGCGGGAAUAACCCAAAAAUAAGCGAACGUAUUCCGUUAUAUGUGCCUGAUCGAUGUCCAAUAAACAUGCUGCUUUACCCUGGGGAUGGAAAUACCAGUGCUUGGGAAUGUGACUGCAAGCGAGGAUAUCUCUAUUUUCCACUGAACGAUUCGUGUUUUCCUGCUUAUAGACAAGGACCUUGUGAACCUCAAAAUUACGCAGUUCUAUCUCUAGGAGAGGCAAUUCCAAAGUGUCAAACGAAUCCAUGUUUAAAAGACGGAUUGGUGUUUUUCAAAAACAUGUGCUACGAAUUGAGAAAAGUUGGGGGACCUUGCGCUCACGGUCAAUAUAUAGAUGUUAAUGAAACCACUUUUCAACUAGAAUGUGUAUCGGCUAGCAUAGACCCAUUUAUGAUAAUCGAUGUACCAGCUAAUCGCUGUCCUAAUGGUAGCCGCCGAAAUACGUUGGGACAAUGCAGAAAAAUGAUUUGAGUUAUUCGUAAAUUCAUAGUUACAUAUGACAUUUAUUUCAUUAUGAGAUACGUUUUCUUACUGCUAUCAAUCAAAGAUUGAUGACAUUCAUAUGUGAUGCAAAUAGCCUGAAGGGUUUUUCAUUUCUUUCCUGCCCGACUUGUUUGAUUUUUUACUGUAUCUCUUCCAGUCUACCUCUUUCAUAGAGAUUGUAAACCAUGUGAUAUCGUUGGCAAUGUUUUACUUCGAACAUAGCCCUUCAUAAAAAUAAUGACUCAUUUGUCCAAUAUUUGAUUUUCAUACGAAUCACUGCAUGUUUUUCUUUGCAAUUUCUCAAGGACUACUAUAUACAGCUUUGUUUAUAGCUAAGAUAUUUUUGGUCUGAUAAUUGUUGAUCUCAAGAAGAAGUAAAAUUGUAUUCACCUUACGUAUCACAAGGA